CACACACACACACACACACACACACACUGGAGGACUGUCCAUUUGACUAAAUAUGUUGAAGAGGUAGGAUUAAGGAAGAAAUUAUGGGUAGAAAUAUAUAAACGCCAACAACAAGAAAGAGAAGAACAACAACGACAAACAUAAAACAGACAUGUAAAAAUGAGGAGGGAGAAAGUUUUUUUCCAUAUAUUUUUUGAAGACAAAAUGUAUGACAAACAAAUUUAUGAAACUUUCUCUUUAGCCUUUUAUUCUAAAAGUUUUUAAAUUCUACUACCCCAAUAAUAAUAAUAAUAAUAUGAAGGAAUCGUUCAUUUCUAACAUUAUAUGAUAUGAUUAAUUUCUUAUCAGUUUUUAUAAUGAUCUAAAUUAUGUAUUAUAUAAUUCCAGUGAUUUACGAUUAUACUCAGCUUGGAAUUGAUGAUGAAAACAUUUGAUUGAAUUAUUCUAUAUUUUCAGUAUAAAGUGAUGAGUGGAAAUUAUUCAAAAUUAUCCAAUUGAUUUUAAAAAAACUCAAAGGAUUUCAUAUUUUAUUUCAUGAAAUACUAAGGGGAUGACUACAACUCUUUCGGAGAUUUUUCGUUAUUUAUUUUUAGUACUACACUGCUGCAGCAAUAUGGUAUAUCCUUUUCAUGAAGAUCAAAAUGUUACAUCACAGCAUUUAGAACUGAAAACCUCCACCAAUAAAAAUGAUAGUAUAAUUGUUGAAGCACUAUGGGAUGAAGCCACUAGAAAUCAAACACAAACUACAAUACAGGCUGGUGACUCCAUAACAUUUGUAUGCCGUAUAUGGACUUUUGAUCCAAGUCUUAAAUAUGCAUUAAAGACAGGAGUACAUAAACCUGAACAGUCAGUAUUUUUAUUCUGUCCAAUGAGUGUUGCCUACUGUGCUCAAGAUUGUUUGCUGGUCGAUGCUAACUGGCCAUUUCAAUGUACUAGACAGUUCAGAAUAGUAUCUAAUUCAGAUUUAAUUUGGUCUAAAUCUAGAGAAUUUUUAGAUGAUGCAGAAGAGUGGCGUUUACAAGAAGUUAUCUAUAAGGUGGAUAUUGCUACUAUCAUUUCUACUGGUUCAUGGAGUUGUUCAUAUGGUGGAUAUCAUUCUAACAGUUUGGAACUUCUUGUACGAGAUCGACCUGCUCUUUUAUCACUAACCUCAAGUCCACCUAGUCCUGUUUCAACUGGAGAUAAUGUCAAGUUAACAUGUGAAGCUGCUCCUAGUCCUAAUGCUCCAUGGUAUUCAUUUGUAUGGCGUCGUCUUGGAAGUCCGCUGCCUCUAGCACACUCUACUCUACGUUUAUCUGACACGAUCUCCGUGUUAACACUGAUAUCUAUACAACCAACUGACGACGGGAUUUACACUUGUCGCAUAUUACAGUCUAGUUCAAAUGCAGUAAACGAUGAAUGGUGGGAGAAAUCUGAGAUUGUAGAAUCAAAAAUCGGUAAUUCUACAGGCAAAAUGAUGAAACUUACAAAAGACCCAGCAAUUAGACGUCUACAUUUAAGUGUUUUUCAUCCUCCGACGCAUUUAAAUCUCACUGUUCACCCGAUUGGACCUUACAAACCUCAAACUAAGGUCAAUUUCACUUGUCAUGUUCAUGGGGGUAAACCAAAACCGAUGAUUCACUUUUAUCGUACAACUCUUCACUUAAACAACGGAAAUAUUUCUUAUCUACAGUCGAAUUCACAGAAUGUGAAACAUAUGCUAGAGAAUAUAACACAAUCAGUCCAGUCAACAGAGUUGAUAUGGCAAUUAACAGAGGCUGAUAAUACAGCAAGUUUUGGUUGUGCUGCUACAAGUCCUGUUAUUAAAGAUCAAAUCUACUCUGGAUUCAUUAAAACAGAGAUUAUUUUUCCACCUGGUCAACCCAUACUCUCAGCAUCACCACACGGUCCAGUAAGUGAAAAUCGUACCAAAGUGUUCACAUGUCAGUCUUCUAAAGGUAGUAAUCCAACAGCUAAAAUUCUAUGGGAACUUAUACCCGCUGUGGAAUAUAUAACUGCUACUGCUGUCUCAAAAAGAAAUUAUGCCAACCAAACUGGAACAAAUGAAAAACAAACAACUAUUCAGCCUAAAAGAAAUUCUGAUUUUCAAAUGGAAAUGUCUGAUACCUAUUCAAAUACCAAAGAAGAUCCUAACAACAAAGGCUACAUGGCAUACAGCGAGAUACGUUUGAUAGCACGACCAUGGUUUAACGGUGCCAGAGUAUUCUGUCAUUUGAUAUGGAAUGAAGAAGGGAAUUAUACCGAUAAGCGUCAACAUGACUAUCAUAAAACAGUCUAUUUAUCCAUUGAAGUGUUUUUUUGUCCAUCAGCUGUCAGUUUAAUCACAAUCCCACAGAAUGGAAUUCAAGAAACCUAUGGUGAGCAAAUCCUUGAAUGUACAGCAACAUCGUCUCAUCCUCCAGCAAUAAUCAAUUGGUUUCAACAUAACUCAUCUGGAAGUGUUCAUAAAACUACAACAGAAAAUGUGAUAAUGGAAAGUUCGCUGAUGAAAGUUGAAGCAUUGCCUAAAUCAAACUUGUUAAUUACAACUGAAACAUUCCCGGGAAUUCAUGGUGGGAAACGUGUGGUUAGCAGAUUGAAAUUGAAUAAUAUUUCCAGAAAUAAUGAUGGUAUGCUGUACACAUGUGUGGUCAAACAUAUUGAAUGGACAGAAUCAAUUAGUCGAACACAUCAGUUAAUGGUAUUAUAUCCACCGGAGCUGAAAAUGCUCAUCUCACCAAAAACAUGGCAAAAGCGUUUCCAAUCUAAUCAGACAACAGUUUUGUGUGAAGCAGAAGGCGGUCGUCCAAGAUACAUUGAAGAAGACUAUACUGUUGAAUAUAACCAAAUAAAAUCACGAAACAAUGAAAGUGUUUCUGCGUUGAACCGCCUACUUCGUCACGAUGAAAGCAGUAUGUGGAAAUUCAGUUGGAAAUUUCGUCCACAUUAUCCAGAUAAUUGGAUGGAGUACGAAAAUCAAGAAUCAGUUUCUGAUAAUUUAAAAGUUCCCCAAACAUCGAACAAGUUGGUUUUCAGUCAUCCCGGGAGGAAACAAGCUGGUGAAUACACGUGUCUGCUUGAAGGUCCAGCUGGAGUUUCACAAGUUACAAGAAGCUUAAACUUUGGGUUUCCACCAGAGUUGGCACCACCGGGAAUAACUUCAGUUACUGCUGCGCUUGAUUCACAAACAGUAAUUGAACUCCAUAUCUGGACUUAUCCAAUACCUUCUUUCAUAAUUGAUAAUUCAAAAAGAACUAAAGCUAAACAUCCUUCAUCCAAAAAUUGUGGUUUCUAUGAGACUGACACACAACCGCCAAAUAAAGUCAAUACGCUCAAAAAAACAACAUUCACUUGGUACAAAGUUAAAACAAAAAGAAUAUCAUCUGAAGUUGACAUACUUCAGAAAGAAUUAAUCCAUGACAACUGGUCACCAUCAAAACUAUCUGAAGCGGUAAACACAGGACAACGAAUUUGGACUGAUGCGGUACUUAUUCAGUUACCAUACUACGAUAGUGAUGAACAAAUCAAUAAAAAUGCUAGUCAAAAUAAUAAAGAAGAGACAUUACGUAAGAUACCAACUAUAAUUUAUCGAUUAUUUUUAAGUCCAAUUACAGAAAAAGAUUAUGGGGAAUAUAUGUGUGAGAUUGAACAUGAAACAGGAAAGAGACAGUUUUUUAUGCAAGUACAACCUCCAGGUGAUCCACCGAUCACUGUAAAAAUUAUUCGUUUCGUACGUGAACAGUCGCAUAUUCGAGUUUAUUUUGACCCUUUGAACCUUCUAAAGUCUAAGAAAACCAGUGGUGAUCAUGAUUUAGGCAAGAAUAAAAUCGAAAUGAAGACAGAGUUGGAGACGAACAGAAACGGAAAAAUUUCAUUGCCUCCAUCGUCUGUAAACGACAACAGACAACAGCUGAAAUGGAAAGCUUCAUUGAGAAUAUGCGCUUCUUUCUAUUCUGAACGUAAUAAAUUGUCUGGAAAUUCAAAUAACGAGUGUGCCUUUUCAUCACAUUUGUUAAAAAAGAUACCUAGAAGACCUAAUUAUGUCCCGCGGUUGGAGUCGUACCGUUUGCCGUCGAAUAAUUUGUACGGAAUCAGUUCACUGCCAAAUGAAUGUAUCGAAGCAUUAAUUGAAUAUCCUGAGAAGGGGAGAAUUGAAAUUCCCAUAAUUUAUUCAAACAGUUUUACAGAGAAAAAUUUAUCUAAUGUGAGACAAAGAAAUGAGACUAAUCAGACGUUAGAGGUGAAAAACUUACUGGAGGAUAAAACUAUGCAUAAUGAUAUUGAAGCAAUCAAAGUUUACUGGUCAGAUAAGGAGAAGCUGACCUACCAGUUUAGAUUUUAUGAUGAAACUGGAGGUUUAACAUAUGCAACGGAUUGGUUUUAUGAAGAUGAUAACUUCGUUAUGCAGUCCGCCAUUUCUAUGCUCAUUUAUCAUAAACCCUAUAUGUGGAUUAUAAUUGCUGGUGUAUUGAUUUUCAUUCUUUCGGCUAUUCUCUUAAUCCUCAUAUUACGGAAAAGAUUCAGCAUGAAAAAAGAUUUUCAAACAACUUUCAAUCAAAGUUUAACCCCACUGAAUAAAUCCAUAAUGAAUUCACCUGCAGCAUCACCAAUAGCUAAUUGUAAGCUACAAGAGAAUUUCUAUGUAGCCAAUAUGUCAGUUGUUGACAGUCCAUGUCCGCUAAUGAAUCGAAAUGAUCAAAUCAAUGGGAAACAGUUUUUACCACAAAUAUCACCAGCAUAUCACGACAAAGAUUUUAAGAAGCUUUCAAAUGAAUCAUAUCAAUCCAUGAAUAAAUAUACAAAUCCUCAACCUUUCCUCCAUCAAAAUAUUAUUCAUAAAACUGACAUGCUGAAUGAUGAAAAUGAAUCGUUGAAUAUGCCAAAAAAUCUUUUUGAAUUACGCUACAAUGAACUCGACCUAUCGCAUAACCAGUGCUCAAGUGAAGGUUUAGCCGAUGAAAUUAGUUAUAUCUCACCGGUAACUUAUUCCCCCGUUGCAUCACAUUUUAGUCCAUUGCCGUUGAUUCGAUCCACCGAUCAUAUGGUACCUUCGUCAUCCUUACUGUUCUAUAAUAAUAACAAUAAUUGUUGUUACAACAGAAAAUUUGGUUUUGAAAUGAAUCACUCGUUACCACCACUUUUUGGUCCAGUACCUUUUCGAUAUCAUUCUCAAUCAUUGAAUUCGUCAAGCGAGUUAUCAUCACCACUCUUAGGAAGUGGGAGUCAGUUGAGGAAACUUUAUCCAACACCUCCUAGUUUUUGUUAUCAUCAGAAUGCACAAAAUAUUAACCCCACAACAACAACAACAACACCUACUACUGGUAAUAUUAAUAGUAGUAGUAACAGUAAUAGUCGAAAUAAAUUAAGAUGUCAAGGCGGCAAAUUCGAUGGAAUUUCGAAUGUUGUCCGAAAGAAUCAAUCAAAGCUUAACAAUAUUAGCAAUGAUGAUCCACACAAUACUAUGACUCCUAACAAUCCAGCGAAAGGUACUCCAUUAGCUUCAAAUAAACAUGAUUACAGUGGCACACUGACAGAUUCAGGUGAACAGUUCAACUCGCUUAAAAAGCCUACAAAUAGAUCUCAUUUAAUUAAAAAUAAUUUAUAUUCACCUAAACAGCAGGGAUUCGAUUCAGAGGAAAUCAAUCAGCAUAACAGUAAUACAAACAAUAUUAAUACUAGUAGUCAAGAUAGCGCAGGUAUAUUUUACACCGAUAAGGUGAGUAAUAAUAACCCCAAUAGUAUGAAUAAUAAUAAUAAUGUUGCUGAUCACUAUUCAACACAGUGUGGUCUGAACAGAUUAGAUUUGAACCAUACAGUAUAUAAUACGCAUCCUUCAGAUUCUGAGCAUUUAUCAUCACCAGUUGCUGAAAGUAGACAAACCCCUUCUGCAUUUAAAACAAACAACUCAAGUGUGAUGAAUGGGAAUUCCCUGGCGAAUAAUGUAAGUAAGGUCAACGUCAAUGAUUUUCAUUUCAAUAAGAACCGAUACCUUGAGAAACAGCCGUGUAAAAUGACAAUGUCAACUUUUACCCAAAAUCUCAACCUAUUGGAUAGAUUGAGCCCAUAUGAUAAUACAACAACUAUUAGUAAUGUUGCCUAUAGUUCAUCUCCUACUAAUCGAAUGACUGUACACACGGAAGAUUUGCCAGUGGAUAAUAAAACUUCAAUCGAUGGUCAUUGUUUCCCUGAUAUGGGCGACAUUAAUACCAAGAAAUGCUGUAAAAUUAAUGCGAAAUCAACAGAUGUGUCGUAAAGGCUUAUACAGAUCUUGACCUUUUUUGGUAUCUUAUUUUGAAGAAGGAGAAGAAGCAAGAGUUAUGUAGUGAAUGAUUUAUCUAUCUAUCAUCUUUUUCCUAAAAUACUCGGUUGACGAUUAUAAGGCACUGGGAACUACUACCCUUUACUAUUCUAUUGUAAGAAUCCAUAGGGAACGCGAAGAGAAUAUUCAAAGUUUUACAUUGACAUUCUGUACAUAGAUUUGCAUACAUGGUAUUCUUUUGCCAAAAUUCAGUAA